CACACACACACAUGCACACACACACACACACACACGCACAUGCACAUGCACACACUCCCAACCUCCGCCCCAUCCCCCAUGAGAAGGUGUGUUCAGGCAAGCACAUGUAUGUGUGUGUGUGUGUGUAAGUGUGUGUGUGUGUGGGGCUGUGAUGUCAGCAGUCCCCUCCCCUCCCUGUCCGGCUAUAGAUGGUGCAGGACGCCACGGCCGGCCAUCACUCAACAGUCAACGAGCCGCUGAGAGCUGAAGAAGUCCUAAGUGAGCCCCAGCCCUGCCUUAGUGAAAUUGUGCAGCAUCCCGGCGAGAGCUCAACCACCUUCACCACCACAGACACCAUGGCCCUGAGAAGCGCCCUCCUCCUCAUCCUCCUGGCCGGAAUCCUACUGCUCGCCUCCAGCAGCGCGCAGAGAAGCAGAGUGCGAAGACAGAACAUGAAGGUCCGCAUCAAUGCCACUGGCGACACCAUUGUGCUGAAGUUCCUACGACCCAACCCUGAUGUCAAGCUGGAAGGCUACAUCCUGGGAUAUGGCAGUAGCAUGUUCUCCAAACAAUUCAUCCAACUGCCUGAGAAUGGAGAGCCCUAUGAGACUGAGAUAGAUGCAGAGCCCAAGUACUUGGUUGCGGUGCAGCCGAUUCCAAGCAAUGACGUCAAGAAGCAAUGCACGGGUAAAGUCAACCUGGACAAACCUCUCCACCUGGUGAUUGGCUCCGUCACACCAACCUCGGUCCUCCUGUCCUGGGGAACUUUUGUGAAGACGCCGUACGAGGGGAACAUCAUGAACGACUGCCUGGAGGACGGGUUCUACACGAUCCGCUACAGAGAGAGGAACCGCAAGUGGAACUAUCAGACAUGCCCCACCAGCGACACAGUGAUUGACAACCUGAAGCCCAACACUCCUUACGAGUUUGGGGUCAAAUCAAACAAGGAUGAUCGCAGCGGCAUGUGGAGCAAGCCUGUUAUUCACAACACCAACAUGGGAGACAAAAGCAUGCAGAAGCCCAUUAAGCCAAGCAGGACCAUUAUUGCAAAGCCUGUGAAGCCCAUGAUGGUUCUCUUCCCCCCACGUCCUGCUCUUCACAACAGAACCCAGCCCAGAUUACCUCUUCUCCACAAACCAGGCUUUCCUGGAGCUCCUAGGACAUCUUUUGGUAAAAGCAACAUAAGACAACUGGCUUCGUCUCAUCCAGCCAAACCGUCUGACUCCGUGGUUGCAGUGAUUGCCAGAAACCUGACGUCUCAAGGCAGAAAGCCCUUCUCUCCCUUCACUAACGGCAUGAGAAACCCUUACUUCCCCAGGGCCAAUGACUCCUCCAAGAUCUACAGGAGACCAGGGGCCAAUGGGGAACACCAUAAGGGCCUGUCCCUGCCCAAACCUGUCUUAUGGUCCCGCAUGAGAAUGGGACCACCUCUCCGUCCUACCCUCAACAAAAAGACCAACCUGGUGGGCAAGCCUGGAGGCAUGGAUAAGGUGAUUGACCUGAAACAAGACAAGGUUGAUAUGCUCAAGCCCAAGCUCCCACCUCCAACACCCAAGCCAGUCAAGCAAGAGCGCAAGACAACGGCUGACCCAGCUAUAAACGGCAAUCGCUCUGAAAGCUGGGAGAGUUCUCCAUCUUUUAGUUCCCUCCCUGCCUCUGAGGUUGAUGCCAUGGGCAAGAAACGCUAUAUUGCCCCUCAUGUUGUUUACAAGACGGACAAGAAACCGGAAGAGCCAUGCUCCAUCACCACCUCCCUCACGUACUUCCCAGACGACGAGGCCACAGAGUCCAACGUCACGGCGCCACCGAGGUCUGCGCCGUCCAACCUCACUGUAGUCACUGUGGAGGGCUGCCCCUCCUUCAUCAUCCUAGACUGGGAGAAAACGGACAAUGACACCACAGAGUAUGAAGUCAUCUCGACCACCAAAGGCCCAGAUGGCGAGCAGGUCUCCAUCCUGACCACCAACCAGACGCACACCGCCGUGGAGAACCUCCGACCAGAGAGCAGCUAUGAGUUCAAAGUGAAGCCCAAGAAUGAGCUGGGAGAGGGUCCCUCCAGUGAGCCAGUCUCCUUCAACACUGAAUCAGCUGAUCCGCGAGUAAGUGAAAACGUCUCAGGAAAAGACGCCAUUUGGACGCAGUUCCCCUUCAAGACCGACUCAUUUUCUGAAUGCAAUGGCAAGCAGUAUGUAAAGAGAACCUGGUACCGCAAAUUUGUGGGGGUUCAGAUCUGCAACUCUCUCAGAUACAAGAUCUACCUGAGUGACUCUUUGACUGGUAAAUUCUACAACAUUGGAGACCAGACGGGCCAUGGGGAAGACCACUGCCAGUUUGUGGACUCCUUCCUUGAUGGUAGAACAGGCUCCCAGGUCCCUGCAGAUAGCCUGCCAGCCAGAUCAGGGUACUACAGAGCAAUGAGACAAGAGCCAGUCAACUUUGGUCACAUAGGAGGAAAUUCUCACAUCACUUAUGUAUCAUGGUACGAAUGCGGCACACCUAUACCCGGGAAGUGGUAGAGUUUUCCAUUCAAACUCUUGGGGAGUCAGGAGGAAAGAAUCUCAUUGGCUGGAAUGUGUGGCUGUCAUGUCACAAGGGGGUUUGUGAUUGAUUAACACCAAAAGGGAGGGGGGGAGGGGGCAAUCACAGAGUGCACAGCAUAGACAGCAACUCACCUCCCGCCCCCAAAACCAUGUAUAAACAUGUACAGAAUCCAAGUGGCAGGGAAUUGUAUUGAGCGCAUUUGAUAGCAACUUAGUCUCAUCUCACUAUUUAUCAAACAUAACAUAAAAAAAGCAAACUUCAAGAAAGAAAGAGAGAAAAAGGUAAGAGCAAAGUUACCUCAAAUGCAGCGAGGUAAACAAACACAUUAAAAUAGGAUUUCUUAAAAUAUUGGGAAGCUGGCUCCCUAAAACUAUUUUGAUAUUGUGUGUAAUAUUAUUUAUCAAAAGUCUGUGGCGCCAUUUUCCUUGUGCUGGCUUGACAGCGAGCGGGAGGAGACGCCAUUUUGACGCAGUGCUUUAGCUGAGCGGACAUCGGGUUUGACACAAGGGCUAAGAUUUAGCUUAUGCAUCACCUGAGAUGUGCUCCUGAUACCUUAAGUCUCUUAUACGUCACAAGUGCCGACCGUUAGCAUAGACUCAGCACAUAGCAAUAUGUAUAUCUGGAAGGGUUGGCUUUAUAAUUGUGCCCUCCUGACAAAAUGCACUGGUGUUGGCAUCCGUUUCUUUUCUAUAAGAGAGAUACAAUACAUGUACGUGGCAGUACAUUGUAAAAGAGUGGGUUAAGGCCCACAGUGUCUGAGUUUACAACACACUAUGAGCUGUGAGGUCAUACAGUCAUGUCAAACUCCCUUGUCCAUUAGUGACCUGAUUUAUUUGGUCAAAUCACAGUAAAAAAAACACACACACACACACACACACACACACACACACACACACACACACACACACACACACACACACACGGACACACAUGCAUACAUGCACAUAUAGAACAGUUACACACACACAAACACACAUCAGAGAGUGAAAGUCUUGUACCAUGUGCUCCAUUGUUAGCUUCGGUAUACUGGGCUAGCAGCAGUUUGGAGAACAUCACACUUGCAAUUUGCACAGCAUAAAUGUAUUUAUAUGUAUAUGGAGAAGAAAUAUUUUUUUGCAAAUGUACAAGACAAAAAAACUCAACUUAAAGUUUACUCAUCCUUUCUGCAUCAGUGUGUACAUCAGCGAAUGAGCAGCACCUCAGAUGUAAGUCAUGUCCAGAUGUGUCUGUAUUUGUUGGAUGAAAUGGACUCUAUUGGAAAACUAUGUUUUCUUGUUUUUCCAAUAAGAAGCAAAAGAAAAUUGUCCUUGUUGUGAUAGCUUGUACAGAAAUACUCCUUCUGUUCUAUGGUUAGCAGAAAGGUGCUUACCCCUUGUUUUUUUUUUACUUUUUGUAACUUGAUGCUGUUUUUUGUAUGAAUAAAUACAUGUUUGUAUCUUAUUACAUGUCUGUAUCUAUUUGAAUAAAGUUGAAAGUUCUGUUUCCUUUUUUAUAAAAAAAAGUCUGGUGUAAUACCCAUUCUUUUCUGCUUGCUUCAUAAUCCAGCAUGGCUUGGACUUUAACAGCCCAAAGCCUGCCUAACUGCCGUAUUUUAGCAAAGGCGUACUAUUAGGUGAAAGCUAUAAUUCUUUUUAUGCUCGACCAACCAUUUCUUUCAGUGACAGGGUGACCUGUGGGACUUUGACCACGGCCAAGCCAGGCAGCUCGCGGUGCUCCCAUUCUGGUGCAUUCUCUCGCUCCCUGUCAGUGCAAAACCGCAGCCCCAAUUAGAAAAAUCAACAGAAAUACAUGGAUUACCACAGUUUUCCAGACCUACAGAGAGAGUUUCUGAGAGCCAAAUUCAACACAGGGACAUUCUCUGAAACCACAGGGCCAGGAAAAAAAUCCCAUGAAAACUUCAAAAUGGCUCUCCAUGUCUUUAUUAGCUUUCCAAGAGAAAGUUAUAGCCUGGGCAUAACAACUAAUGUCACUUUGAGGUGGAACUUUCACGUAGAUAGGAGAUAUAUCCAGCUGUGAGAGGUGGAGAAGAAAAAGAAAAGAAAGACAAGAAGAAAAGUCUGAUGUGUGUGUGUGAGAAAGAGAGAGACUA